UUAGCUCAAACAUAAUGACAUACUAACUAAAUAUUGAGCCAAUCGCGACUCCGCUUCCCGCCAUAGCCUUUUUGUUUCCCUCCGUCCAACCUUUUCCUCUCGCUUCCUCCCUCCUCUCCCUCCAGACUCCUCUCUCUCUAGUCCUUGAAGCCGAAGCCAUGGCGAAGAGGCAAACCCGAGGCUCUUCCCCGACGCCCGGCGUCUUCACCCGAAGCCGAUCCGAGCUCUUCGUCCACCGCAACCGGUCCGGCCGCGUCCGCCCCGACCCCAGCCGUGGCCCUCGCCCCCGCCUCGACUCGAUCUCCCCACCGCCCUCAUCCGAACGCCUCUCCGCUGCCGCUGUUAAGAGAGUCAUCUCCCCGGAGGCCUCUCCCGUGAAGAGGGACGCGAUUAGGUUUGUUGAGGGUGGGAAGAAAUCGAUCGAUCCUGCGGAGGAACAGGCAGAGAGGAUCGAGCUGGCGGGCGGAGGAGCUGAUGAGGUCGUGGAGCCAUCUGGUGGUCCUGAGGUGGAGUUGAUCCACUGUAAACCACCUGUUUACCAAAAUGCCAUGGAAGUUGAGAGCGUGAGCCAGGAUCUAACAACAGCGAGUGGUCCGGAGGCCGUCGCUGACGUAACGGCGGACUCGACUUAUCCGCCCAAGAGCAGGCUGGCACCGAUUUGUUGUUCUCACUCAAAGCUAUACGAAAAUCCAAAUUCUAUUGGCUAUAGAGGGCUGCCGCCAUAUCUUACUGGUCUUGCAAAUGAUAAUUCAGUAAAGCUUCUUCAAAUAGGUGGUGCACAUGUAGUUUGUUGCAAGGAUUAUCCAGUUAAAGUGGGAAAAGUUGCUGAAGAAAUGACUUCAGUACCUACAGAGGGGAAAUUUUCCAAUGACCAGCUUUUGGUUGGAGGCUCAAAAUGUUCUGUAGUUAUGGAAAUUAGUGAAACUUUUGGUUUUGUUGCAAGCCCAAUUGAUAUAAGCCCCGACAAGAGUCCUUCAAAUGGGGAUCUUCAUGAUUUGGAGGUGACAACAACCAACUUAUGCAACCAAAGAGGACUGGAAUUUGAUGAGGUUAAGUUUGAAACUUGCCUUCAUGAUCCCCUUCUUGAAUCUAAGCUUAUGCCCAGUCCAUCUUGUUCUUCCCCUGCCAUUCGGGAACCAUUAUUAGAGGAAGUCAUGAAGCCAUCUGAUGGAUCCGAGGAGUUGAUCCACUGCACACCACCUGAUGAUGAAAAUGCCAUGGAAGUUGAAAACAUGAGCCAGGAUCAAACGGUACUGAGUGUUCCGGAGGUCAUCGCUGUUGAUGUAAAGAUGGAGUUGGCUGAUCCUCGCAAGAGCAGCCCGGCACUGAUUCGAUGUUCUCGCUCAAAGCUAUAUCGAAAUUCAAGUUCUUUUAGCUACAGAAGGCUGCUGCCAUAUCUUAUGAAUAUCACAAAAGUUGAUUCAGGUGGCACACGAGUAGUUUCUUGCAAGGAUUACCCAGUUAAAGUGGAAAAGGUUGUGGAAGAAACAACUUCAUUACCUACUAAGGGGAAAUUGUCCGUAGACCAACAUUUGGUUGAAAGCUCAAGAUGUUCUGUGACUGUCGAAUCAUGUGAAACUUUGGGUUUUGUUGAAAGCCCAAUUAACAUGAGCCCCAACAAGAGUUCUUCAAAUGGGGAUCUUCAUGAUUUGGAGGUGACAACGUCCAAUUUAUGCAAUCAAAGCGGACUGGUUGAGGAGAUUAAAUCUGAAGAUUGUCUUCAUGAUCCCAUUCUUGAAUCUAAGCUUCUGUGCAAUCCAUCUAUUUCUUCCCCUGCUGUUCAUGAAUCUUUGUCAGAGGAAGAAUUGGCUGGUAAUGUGCUAGCUCGACCAUUCCUGCCAAGCAAAGCUGAAUUCAGCUGCAACAUGACAGGUCCUGUGUCAGACGUCAGGGGGAAGUCUCUUCCAAGGACAUCUCUGUUGGGAUCCAUUCAUUCCUUGGAAAGGCAUGCCCUUGCUCCUAGAAAGGGGAUUCUGAAGAAACACACCAGAAGCUGCAAAGGGAUUUGCAUGUGUUUGGAUUGUGUUACAUUUCGAAUUCAUGCGAAUUAUGCAUUUGACUUCUCGAGAAAGCAGAUGAAAGAUGCAGAUGAAAUAAUUUUGGGUCUGGUGAAGGAGCUGGCAGGGCUUAGAAAUCUAGUUGAGAAGUCUAUCAUACCUACCUAUGAAGGCAUCAGGACCUGUGUGCUUCUUCAACUCAAUCAGGAACUGUUGAAACAAGCAUGUCAGAGAGCCUCAAGGGCAGAAAAGAUAGCAAACAGCCGUAGCAAGCAAAUGUUUAAUGAUCUACACGUUCACUGCAGGAUUCCUGGUCCAAGAGUGACAUUUGCUGGAAGUGUUGAAGAAAGGACAAGUCCAGGAGAUCAGCAAGAAUAAAAAAUUAGGGAAAGACAAAUCUAACGCAAUUUCUAUGUGCCGUUGAUUCAUCUCUUCCUUCUGCAAGUAUAAUGAUCUCUUCGAACAUAUUGUAAUGCAUAGUUUACCCAUCUGUUGGAGAAACCAUAGUUACAGUCAAAUCCUCUGCAGAGAUGUGUCUUGAGAAUUCUUUUGAAGUCUUCAAGUUUUUUUUUUUUUCCUUUCUUUCUUUCUUCGUCUUUUAAGUAGAAACCAGUGAGUUUUCAAAGACUUUAGAGUUGUUUUGUAAUCCUCAGGAUUGAUGACAUCCAGUUAUG